GCCUACCUUCACGGAAUCAGCCGGGGUACCACCGUCUUCAGAAGGUUCUCCCUGUCAUCACCAACAUGAAGACGAAGUGCAGGGAGAACUACAACCCUCACCCCCAGAACAGCGUAGACGAGGCGAUGAUCGGCUACAAGGGUCGGUCCUACAUGUUACAAUACAUGCCUAUGAAACCCACGAAGAGGGGAUUCAAGGUUUGGGUGAGGGCAGACGCAGUGAACGACUACUUCUGCGACUUCGAAGUCUAUGCCGGGAGAGCUGUAGAUGGCGACACGACCACAGAAUUUGGUCUUGGGGAGCGGGUUGUGCUGGAGCUGACAGAGUGUCUGAGGGGUGGCCACUAUCAGAUCUACUGCGACAACUAUUUCAGCACUUGCCGCCUCUUCGAC